CCAAGUCACCAGGUUGUUGAAAACGAGAAGAACCACAACCUUAUCGAAUCAGAAAUCCCCACGCUUUCCUUCUGCCAUUACACUCACAUAUAUAUAUAUAUAUAUUUAUAUAUAUGUACGUACCAAUUGUAUGCGUUGGCCUUAUUUUCUUCUGGUUUGAUACUCUCUCUCUCUCUCUCUCUCUGUUUCUCUCGCCGGCUGAUUGGUGACCGGUCCGAUUCCAAAGAUCUCCGUCGGAGAUACGAGGCAUUGUAGACCGAGCUUGAUUUUCCGACCUCUAAUAAAGAAAUCCGACCGCUUUCUCACCUCUGAAGCCCAAUUCCUAUCACUAUUUGGAGUCUGGAUUUCCCCCCCCCCCCCCCCCCUUUUUAAUGAUCUUUUGGGUCGGUUUAGAAAAUGGAAGUCUUGGUUCCAGGACAACGACGGUUGAACUGCUGUUCUAAUAACGAUUUGGGUGAAAUUUCAGAUGUUUCCAUGGUUCCGGCUAAGAGAAAACUUUCAGAAAUAGUACAUAAGAGAAAUGAAAGAAGCAUAUCCAUAGAUGAAGAAAUGAAGAAUGGCUGUUCUUCAUCACCAACUGGAUCAAAGCCUUCAUCUAAGAAAGAACAUGUCACGCGAAAAGUUAAGUCAUCAAAUGGAAAAAGAACAUUAAAAAAGCAAUUUAAUGCUUCAGACAUUGAAAUUAUCUUUCAAGAUGAUUGUUUAAUUAAUGAACUGGAAGAAGAUGGGGAGUUUAUGUUUCUAACAAAGUUAAAACAACGGCGUAGAAGUAGAGGUAGAAGAUCUGAUUGGGGAAUGACUGGAAGAAGUUCAAAGGAUGUAGAAAUGAAAAAUUCUGAGUCUCCAUUGUGUACUUCGUCUUCUACGGCGGUAUCUUCUCCUAGUUCAUCUGGUGAUAACAAUAGCAGAUGUGCUGUGAGAAAUACAAAGAGUAAUGGACAAAGUCAUAUUAAGUGCCAUCAGUGCAUGAAAAUGGAGAGAAAAGCUGUUGUUUCAUGUACAACUUGUAAACAGAAUUCAUAUUGCAUCCAAUGUGCCAAGCAAUGGUACCCACAAUUGACAGUAGAGGAAAUAGAGGAGCUUUGCCCAUUUUGCCGCAAAAAUUGCAACUGCAAUAGAUGCUUGCAUUCAACUGGGAUUAUCAAGACAUCAAAUAUAGAUAUUGGCAAUUGUGAAAAAAUUGAGCUUCUGGAAUACUUAAUUAAAUCACUACUUCCAUUUCUUAAAGAAAUUUGCAAAGAACAAGAUCAGGAGAUGGAGAUUGAAGCUAAGAUUCAAGGGAUUUCAUCUUCUGAAAUUGAAGUACCAUUGACCCUCUGUUCUAAUGAUGAGCGUGUCUAUUGCAACCAUUGUGCUACUUCAAUAGUUGAUUUUCACCGAAGCUGCCCAAAAUGUUCUUAUGAACUCUGUCUUAGUUGUUGUCAAGAAAUUCGCAAGGGAAGCCUUAAAGAUCGUGCUGAAGUGAAGUUUCAAUAUAAGAAUAAGGGCUAUCAAUAUAUGCAUGGUGGAGAUCCUUCACCAGAAUCUCGUCUUUCAAAAACUUUUGAGGAUUGUAUUGAAUCUUUGACUGAGUGGAAUGCAAAUGGUGAUGGGAGUAUUACGUGUGCUCCAAAAGAUAUGGGUGGAUGCAGUGAUUGUAUGUUGGAGCUCAAGUGCAUCCUUCCAUGUGGUUGGAUCUCAAGUUUAGAAGUGAAAGCCAGAAAUUUACUGAUUGAUGGAACUGAGCAUACAACUUUAAAGCAAAAACGUGGUGAAAGAAGAGCGCAGGCCUUACGGAAGGCAGCAUCCAGAACAAGUUCUGAUGAUAAUUUUUUGUAUUGUCCUGCCUCUACUGGCAGUCUGGAAGGAGACUUUUUGACCUUUCAAAGACACUGGAUUAUUGGUGAACCUGUUAUAGUUCGAGAUGUUCUUAAAAAAGCUACUGGUUUGAGCUGGGAGCCAAUGGUCAUGUGGCGUGCAUUAUGCGAAAACAUGGAUUCUGAAGUCAACUCAAAAUUUUUAGAAGUGAGGGCCAUUGAUUGUCUUGCUGGUUGUGAGGUGGAGAUUAGUACUCUUCAGUUUUUUGAAGGUUACACUUUAGGGAGAACAUAUGAAAAUUUAUGGCCAGAGAUGCUCAAGUUGAAGGACUGGCCUCCAUCUGAUAAAUUUGAUGAUCUUCUACCUCGUCAUUGUGAUGAAUUUAUAAGUGCAUUGCCAUUUCAAGAAUAUACAGAGCCUAGGACUGGCAUGCUUAACCUUGCUGUAAAGUUGCCACCAGAUGUGCUGAAGCCAGACAUGGGACCCAAAACAUAUAUUGCUUAUGGCAUUGCAGAAGAACUUGGUAGAGGGGACUCUGUAACAAAGCUUCAUUGUGAUAUGUCAGAUGCGGUGAAUAUUUUAAUGCAUACAGCAGAAGUUUCAUCAAGUAUAGAGCAGCGCUUCUCUAUUUCAAGGUUGAAAAAGUUGCACAAGGCGCAAGAUGUAAGAGAGCAUUUAGGUAGUGUUAAACUUGGCAGUUAUCAUGCUCAACAACUUGUUGAAUGGAAUGAGGAUAUGGAAACUUCAGAAAUUGAUGGAAGACUCCAGACUCUAAAAAACGAUCUGGAUGAUUUUCCUGGUUUCGUGUUAGAUGCAGAGAAAACAGGCACCAGCGGUGCACUUUGGGACAUUUUCCGCAGGCAGGAUGUCCCAAAGUUAGAAGCAUAUUUAAGAAAGCACUCAGAAGAAUUUAGGCAUACAUUCUGUUCUCCGGUUAAACAGGUUAUUCACCCUAUUCAUGACCAAUGCUUUUAUUUAAAUUCAGAGCACAAAAGAAGGUUGAAGGAGGAAUACGGUAUCGAACCAUGGACAUUCGAGCAAAGACUUGGAGAGGCUGUAUUUAUUCCUGCUGGAUGCCCGCAUCAAGUUAGAAAUCUUAAGUCCUGCACCAAAGUUGCUGUAGACUUUGUCUCUCCAGAAAAUGUGCAUGAAUGCCUUCGUUUGACAGAGGAGUUCAGACGACUUCCGAAGAACCAUAGGGCGAGAGAAGAUAAACUAGAGAUAAAGAAGAUGAUACUUUAUGCAGUUGACCAAGCUGUUAAAGAUUUGGAAGCCAUGAAACUCACAGUUUAGCAUCUCUAACCUGGCUUCUAACACCGGUAUAGGAUAACUUGUGAUAGAGUUCAUUGGAGCUUUUUGUGCAUCUGGCUACUAACACCGAUAACUUGUUAUAGAGUUCAUUUGAGCUUUCAUUGCACUCCUAACCUGAUAUUUUUCCCUGUGCAAGUGGCUUUUAACUGCAAUACAAAAUGAGAAACUAUAAUGUUAAUGUUGGUGAUAUGAUAUGAGAUAUAAAAUUUACUAAAAUAUUUUUUGUUGAGUUAAAAAUAUGAGUGCAUCUAAAAUUUCCUUGGACAAUGAUAUUGAAUUUUUAUUUUCUA